AUGUCCGUGCCGGCACUUCCAGCUACCCUCACACCUGCCCUAAGCGGCCGCGACGCCGUCGCUGAUGCCCUCUAUCGCAGCGUCAUGGCCUUAGACACAGCCGACGAUGCUCUCUUCAAAUCUGCCUUUACCACUGAUGCCGUCUUGGACGUCAACGGUACCAUCAUGGAAGGCUACGAUGCCAUUUACAGUCAAUGCUACGCCAUGCUCACCAAAUUUGACACCAACCACUUCCUUUCCAACAUGCGUAUCAACAUCAUAGAAGGAGACUCGAAGGCUCAGGUGACAUGCUCUGCUCUUUCUCAACACUACCGUGGUGGAGAGGGCAUGAAUCCCGGCUCUGACUUUCUGCUUGCUGGUGGAUUGUACUAG